AUGAAGAAAUCUCGAAAGACGGAGGAAGCGCAUGGCAUCGGCAGCCUCCUCCUGCUUGACCUGCCGGAGGCGUGCGUGUCUCAUGCCAUCUCCCUCACCACGCCCGGCGACGCAUGCCGCUGCUCCGCCGUGUCGCGGGCCUUCCAAGCAGCAGCGGACUUGGACGCAGUCUGGGAGCGCUUCCUGCCGACGGACUACUCCUCCAUCCUCGCCCGCGCCGACGAUCCCGUCGAUUUGUCUUCCACGAAGAAGGAUCUCUUCCGAAGCCUCGUCCAGGAACACGUCCUCCUCGACAAAGGCACUAAGAGCUUUUCUUUGGACAAAAUAAGGGGCGGCAAGUGCUAUAUGCUUUCUUCAAGGUCGCUAGGAAUUGCAUGGGGAUGGGGCAACCAUCCCAUCCACUGGAGAUUUCUCUCUCUCGCAGACUCCAGGUUUGAGCAGGUAGCCGAGCUGCUAUCAGUCUGUUGGUUGCACAUCACUGGCAAAAUUGGCUCCAGAGAACUCUCCCCGAGCACAACGUAUUCAGCUUAUCUCGUCUUCAAGUUGGCUGAUGAUUCAUAUGGUCUUGACUCACUGACGCAAGAGGCAUCCAUCACCGUAGGCGAUAAUAAUGUAUCAAAGCGGAUCGUGUCUCUGUACCCACGGAAACAAGAGUCACAGUCCAGCACAAGCAGCACUAGUACUGAUGAACAGCAUAAUGCAGAAGAACAAGGAGAAUGCAGAACCAGAAGUUACCCAAGACAGAGGGCUGAUGGCUGGUUGGAGGUAGAGAUGGGACAGUUCUACAACGACCAAGGGGAGGACGGAGAGGUCACCAUCCUCUUUACAGAGAUCGUGGAACAGCACUGGAAGAAAGGACUCAUCCUGGAGGGUAUAGAGAUUAGGCCAAAACAUACGCCGUGAGAAUUAUGUGGUUUCAUUCCCAUCGCUGCCUGCAGGCUGGACAAUAUUUAAUACACAUGGUGUCUAAAUCACUUAAAAUAAAAUAAAUAGUCAUUGACAAUAUAUGUUCUCAUGAUCAGGAAUCUUUUUAUUAGUAUUUUCAGUUUUGUCUCAGAUGCAUACAUGUUGUACUGCUAUAUUUCUCUGUAUUAAUAAUGUACUCAUGUGUUAUAAUGGGCCCG